UUUGACAUUGCAUACUAUUCUCAGAUGCUACAAGCCGAAGGUUUUACUCCCAGUCAGACGCAGGGUUUACUAGCACUUGUCGAGGAAGCUGUUAACGAAAGUUUGCUGACAGCAGUCAAAAGCAUGGUCACAAAGGAUGAACAAAGGGAAGCAGCAACUGAAAGUGAGCAGGACUUUCAACGCUUGCGUUCCGAAAUCCACGUGCUAGAGAAGAAGGAUUUUGCUAUUUUAAAAACCGAGCUGGAAAGGCUUAUUGCAGAAACAAGCCGCAUCAAGGGAUCUAUUCAAGAUGAAGUCAACAGAGUCCAUGGUGGUGUGCGUCUUGAUGUGAAUCUGGAAAAAGCUCGGAUAAAUGACGAGAUUGCCGAAUUAAAUCAAUUAGUAGCCAAUGCCGACACCAAGAUUGAUAAAGAGAUU